UAACAUUACGUUGAAUUAAGUAUGGGUUUCCUUGAUGAGACGGUGCAGUUGCUGCUUUAUACUUCAGUAUUAUGGUGCAUCAAGCUCUGUGGUCUCUUCUUCAUAGUUUUUAAGUCUCAGAGGAGUUGGAAAAAGCCUCAUUGCCGAACAUUUUGUUUUAGCUUGCACAUAAAAACCGGUGGUAUGAAUAUAAGUAGGCUCAUGUAUGUGUAUAUGCAUAGACAGAUAAGGCAUGGAAGGGCAAAUGAAAGGAGCGAAAACCAUACUGCGAGUUGUUCUCUUCUCUAUGGUCUGUAUUGGAGAAAGCAAGAGCAGCCCUGUGCAGCUGUUUGGCACUUUGACCGACCUCCUUGUACAUUUUCUGUGCCAGAAGACGACAAUUGUUGGAAGCCUGCAUUGGUAUUUAAGACUGUCUGCUGUCGACUGCCUGCCAUCCCAAUUAUCACUCUCAUCAAGUGAUAAUUGCUAGAAAGAAUUUUCUCUCGUCUCAAGUUUGUAAUGUCAUCAUCGCAUCUUAAAUGCUGCAUAUUUAACCUAUUUUGGUAUUUCUGUAAGCUAUCAAUGAAUUAUUUAAAUGCACUCAGCAGGUAUUAUGUCA